CACUGUCAGAAAAGAGACCAAACAUUUAUCACCAUGGUGGAUGUGAAGUGUCUGAGUGACGACGAAUUACAGAACGAACUUGACAAGUUUGGAUUUUCACCUGGCCCAAUACUAUCUUCCACCAGAAAAGUGAAGGAAAAGAAGUUAGUGCAAUUGUUGGUCUCAACUCCCUGUGCAUCACCCGAGAUGAACGGACCCAGAGAACUGGACAGGGCUCAGGACUAUGAUGACAGUGAAGGUACCAUCAGAAGCUGUACUGUAGAUAGCAGCUGUGCGCUUACUCACACCUUGUCCGGCAUGAUCUAUGCAGCUUUAAAUGGUAGGCAGGGUGACCUGUGAAAUAUCCCUACGGGCUCUUUGCACACAGAGCCUGGAAAAUAGGCCCUUGGGCUGCAAAAGGAAUCUGUUAACUCCAUGUCUACAUUCAUGCCAGUGCCUCAGUGGGGUAGACUGUCAGGGGAAGGACUGGUCAUUCUGCACGUUCUCUUACUAAACAGAGCCAACUCUGUGUUUGAUUUCUAAAACCGGAAGUUCCUACAGGUGAUUUCCAGGUCUCUUUUGAGGUCUCAACCUCUGCUUUGCCUCAAUCAAUAAAUUUGACAAUGAUUUUCUUCAGAUUAAACGAUUGCACAUCCAUUAAGAAAUAUGAACUAGGGACUUCCCUGGUGGCGCAGUGGUUAAGAAUCCGCCUGCCAAUGCAGGGGACACGGGUUUGAGCCCUGGUCCGGGAAGAUCCCACAUGCCAUGGAGCAACUAAGCCUGUGCGCCACAACUAAUGAGCCUGCGCUCUAGAGCCCGCGAGCCGCAACUACUGAGCCCACGUACCACAACUACUGAAGCCUGCGCGCCUAAAGCCCAUGCUCCGCAACGAGAAGCCACCGCACUGAGUAGCCCGCGCACCGCAACGAAGAGCAGCCCCCGCUCGCCGCAACUAGAGAAAGCUCGCACACAGCAAC